AUGUCAAACAAACCAUCUUCCUUUGCUGAAACUGGAUCCUCGUUCUUACCCAGCCUGCUCAUCACCGCUAUACCUGAUAAGAGAAACAAAACAAGGGUUUGGAUCAGAUAUGAACUUUCAGAUGCACCAUUCUGCGUUCUGACCCAAAUGUUGCAUGAGCAGAAUACAAUCUGUAACCUUCAACUAUUCUGUAGAGCCGACCAGCAUCUUUCUAUGCAGACAUCAGGCUGCCGGAGAGUGUCAUCUAAUCACUUGGCGAUGCUUACCAUGAAGGCUGCAGAACUCCCUGAAGGGUUAAGACAGCAUCUGCCGCUCUCCUGA